AAGAAUUGAAUAAAUCCCGAAAAUACUAAAAUAAGUUCGUUCGCACGAAUGGGCGAGGAAGCAACGUCGAAAUAAGCCUAGUCUUAUAGUAGUCGACAUGGCCACGGGACCUUAUAUCCAAACAUCACUGUACAAUUUAGGAAAACGACAAACCACUCGACACACCAUUUUUUAAAAAGUUUCCAAUAUUAUACUACUAGACUAGUACAAGUCUUUAGUUGGAAUUCCGCUCUUAUGAUUAGCCAUGCGUUCCUUCCUCUCUCCUCCCAUGAACCCGCCGCGAAGCCGCCUCCUUCAACCCCUUAUAUAAACACAUUUCUCACUCCAUAUUUUCCACUCACAACAAAAAUUCAAAUUCAAACCCAAUAUGUCUAAUACACUUAUCAUGGCUUCUCCCGAUGAAACCUCAGCUCUUGAUCUCAUACGCCAACACCUCCUUGAUGAUUUUGCUUUCGCAGAAACUUACUGCUCAUCUCAAUCCCAAAUCUCUAGAACCUCCAGCUCAACCAGCUCCAAUCUCUCCGAUCUCACAACCGCCGACUGUUUCGAAUUCGAGACCAAACCGCACAUUGCGAUGAGAGAGAAGGCCAAGCCGGCGCUCAACAUCGCCAUUCCGAAAGUGACCAACAAGGCUGCUCUAAUCCACCUCGCCGGCGCCGCUGUAGAGGAUUCCGGCGACCGGAGACACUUCAGAGGCGUGCGGCAGCGGCCGUGGGGGAAGUUCGCGGCGGAGAUACGCGACCCCAACCGGAAGGGGACUAGGGUUUGGCUGGGGACGUUCGACACCGCGAUGGAGGCCGCCAAGGCCUACGAUAGGGCGGCGUUCCAGCUCAGAGGGAGCAAGGCGAUACUCAAUUUCCCGCUCGAGAUCGGCAGUAUGGACCAAUCUGCGGUGCCGCAGAUUGAGGCGGUGGUGUGCCGGAAGAGAAGGAGGGACGGGGAGGGCGAGGAGAGAGAGAGGAAAGAGGUGAAAACGGAGAGUAGUGAGUUGACGGCGGCGGUGCCGCUGACGCCGUCAAGUUGGACGGCCGUUUGGGAUGGAGGGGAAGGGAAAGGGAUAUUUGAGGUCCCGCCGUUGUCGCCUUAUCCACAAAUGUCGUCGGUUAUUCGUGUUUGAAUUUGGUGAAUAUGAUAAACGUUAGUUGGGGGACCAAAGCGCACCUGACGGCAAAAAGUCUGGGUGGUUUAGGAAUUUGUGAAAGUUAUGGGGCAGCUAUUGGAGUUAUGCUCUUUUUUGGGGUUUUUUUUUUUUUAAAUCUAUGUAGAUAUAUAGAACUAGCAAGUGGUGAUUAUGUGGGUCGAGUCAUUUGUUUAUUCCUUUGUUGGAGAUGGAUGCACGUCUCUUGUUUAUUUAAUUAAUUUAAUCAUCAAGCAACAACUUUUGUUUCGA